UCUCAGGCAAGGCUUUUGAUCACAUCAAGUCUUUCAAGAUGAAUCUGGGCUUUUUUGUGGCGAUCAUAGCAGUUCUUUCGCUGUGGAAUACAGCAGAUGCCAACUCUGAUGAGUUACUGGACGUGAAAAUUCGCAAUCGCAAGUUUCGACUCACAGAGUCUGAAGUGCGUGAAAUGCUGAAGACGGCAGCAUUAGAGAAGCAUGGAUUCAAAGUAAAGGUUACUACCAAGGUGGUGAAAGAUCUAGAAAGCGGUGAACAACAUUGCCAGACAUCAUACCAGUACCACAAAGAAGUCGAUUGUUCACGCAUGCAAAGAGUUGGAAAGCAGUUGAACGACCGGAUUCCUGGUGCUUUUGAACGAGAGAUGACUCUAAAAACAAGAGAAGCGAUUCAAAACAGAGGUCUGUACAAGAUGGGAAAAUGUCAAUUUGGACUGGCGAUAGACAUAAAAAAAGACGAGGGCUGUUUUGGCGUGCAGAAGGAUACUGAAAAGGCAACCUUAAAACGCUUCAAUAAGCAAGAUCGUUCUUCAUUUGCCAAAGUUAGCGUUGAGAUAAAGAAUGUGAUAUAGAUAUCCACAGAAACAAGAGAAACUCAUCAAAAAAUAAUAAAAUGUUCAUCGUAUUCAAGAAGCAUCAGAAUAUGUAGCUCGGAUGUCUUUGAGAUGAAGGUUGACAAAUGGAAAUAAGUGUUCCUUAAAGAGUGAAUGUACUCUUCAUAAAUGUUAUAUCUAAAUGUGUUAAGGUUAGCCUGCAAGAACUACCAAAAAGAACC